GUCGCGAACGGUUGCUGCGAGCUGUGAGACGCUCAUCCGUUGUUCAUCUGUUUUUCGACACAAAAAAGGGAAAUUUAUACACAUUGAAGGAGUUUGUGAGCAUGCCGAAUGGUGAAUGGGUUGGUGACUUCAGGAUAAGUGAAAAUUGGUUUUUCAGCAGCGAUAGCAGCAGCCCACAUCAACAAUCCCCGGGGGUGAUUUAUCGCUAUUAAUAGGUGUAAUGCUUCGAGCUUUCUAUCCUCUAAUCACUCACCAUGGAGCGUGAUGCAAAUGGAGCAAAAAAGGGAAGCUUUUCUUUGUGCUUCUGAAGCGGGUGUGUUCGAAUGUGUGCCUGAAGGAUGUGCAGAAAAAUGUGAAGCAAUGCGUAUUGGAAGAAUUUAAAUAAGAAACAAGUGAUGGCUUAAAUAAUUAGAAAGCAGAGUGAGUACUUAUAUCAGUGGCAAAAAUUGGUGAAAACUGAGUCAAAAAAUCAUCCCAUACCGAUAGCAUCCAGUGAUAAAUCAUCGCCCCGUAGAUUACAGUUUCCGUUUCCUUGCCAACCCGGUGAAUGACAGAGCGCGGCCGAAUGUACGCCACCCGACCGUCUGUGGCACGUUUCCAAUGGCGGUGGUGCGCGUGUUGGUAAGCGGACGGAAUUAGCGCGACAGAAACUCCGGCGCCACCUUGGCCUUGGCUAUGCUAUGCACGCUCGUGGCGGUUCGCAAUGGCAGAGCCGUCGCAAAGCAUCGCUCGGACCGCUCCGACGGGCCCAUCCGGCAUCCGGUGCGACAUGGAACGUGCAGGUGGUGCGGGGGAAAAUGACUUCCCGCUGUCUGUGGCACGCCUGUCGCGCCCUCGUGCUCGGCAUGGUGCUGAUGUUCGUCGGCGGUGGGAUGGCCACUGUAGGAUAUUACGCAAACAACUUCCCAUCGCUGUCGGACGUGCGGAGCAACAGCACAUCGACGAUACGCGUUAAGAACGAGCACCGAGGAUUACACCUGAACAAUCUAUCCUAUGUCGGACCCAUCAUAAUGGGCGUUGGCGGUUUCAUCGUGGUGGCCUCAUGCGUGAUGACGUUCGAAGCGCGCGACUCAGCGGCAAAAGUGGUCCCGGCACGGUUUAAGCUGAAUGCACAAGGAUCGGCCCGGAACCCUGGCCGCAACAAUAACUCGAGACGAUCCACAGGUGUCUCGAACGGUCCGACAGCAAUCAUGGGCUCGCAGACUGCCCGCUGGGAGCAGCACUUGGGCGUGUUUCGAACUUCGCCCGCCACGGAACAGGUCCCAGACCGCAAAGCACUUACGGCAGCUCUCGUACACUUCUCCAAAGCCUUAGGGACACCGAAAACGUCACCCCAUCGGCGACCGAGCGAAAGCCAAAGUCGGCGUGUAUCGCGAAGCGGUUCGGUACCCAAUUUGUACGCCGAAAAGCUGAGCGUACCGUUGCUUGCGUCCGGCUCGCCCGCCAACAUUCGGUCCGAGGCCGGCGGUGGCCACCAUCAUCGGCACCAUCGGGGUACGCGGGUGAGCAGCAUGGUACAGCGGUCGACGCGAGACCCAGCUGCCAGUGGGCUGUUGCAUCCGGGGAUGCUACAGUUUCACCGACACGCCCUGUCGGUCGAUGAACCGGAACCGUUGGCAAGGACACUCAAUCAAGCCGGUUCGCACGGUUCAGUGCAGUACGGGUACGGGGGUGAGAUCGUCCCGGUGCACAAGCUGCGCGAUCGCAACAAGCGUUCGGAUACCGCCCGCCGGCACGUUCUGUCGCGCCAGACCAAAAUCGAGAAGGACGAAUCGCUGGGCAGCCCCAAACAUGGCCACAUCAGCCGACGUGCCUCGACCGUGUCGAACACGUCCGUGUCGUCGAAGCUGAACCGUGGCAGCCGACGUGCCUCCACCAUCUCCAAAACACCAAGUGUCGAUUCGCGUGGGGCAGCAUCCACCAUCGAAAUCAACAGUCCGGACCGAUCGCUGCUGCUUGGUCUGACGCCACCGCGCAAGGGCACGACGGAGACAGCGUUCGGACCCAUUUCGACACCGUCGGUCGAGAAGGAGUGCAGGAGUCAACUGUCAAUUUGCUCCGAACCGGCGGCGAUCAGUCAGCGCAAUCUUUCCUGUCAAUCGAGCCUGGAACCGUGCGUACCCGAGGAGGAAAGUUCACCCGAGUACGAGCAACCCGGGGAAGAGGGCAACGAAGAAGGGAGUAAGAAAAAUCAGCCCACCCCAACAACAUCCACCGAACCACUUUCCGUUGCAAAUCCACCCCUACGGCCGGAUACGCUCGUGCUCGGCUCGAAAGAUUCGGAUGCGCCAGGAGAACAACCGGCAGCGGCAACGCGCCAACAAUCGAACCGACAGCAGCCCCUGUACCGGAGCAACUCGAGCAAAAGCUUCCGCAAACCAAAGCCAAAGGUGGCGAGUAAAAAGCUUAGCAACGAGUACGACCAGAUCUAUGUAAUUAGUGCGGGUGCGUCCGGUGCGGCCAUCGGAAAUGCGACCGGAAACAAUCGUUAUCCCAAUUUCCAGCAUCGGACGCGUCCGGCCGACGACGACCAUUACGAUUCGAUCGAGGUCAUACACGAGCGGCGCAGCAAAAACUUUAGCAAAUUUUCCACCAGCCCAACGGGAGCGCAGGACGGGACGGGCGAGGGUAGCGACGGUACGCCAUAUCUCGCAACGUCCGGCUCGAUUGAGGGUGAAUACCGGAAGAUGGGCUCGAACGUGAUUAGCGUCGUGGCGGAUAUAUCGCCGGCGCCCGUAAGCAAUAGUGCUGCAGUGGAAGCACCGUCGCAGCAGGAGUCCGACAUUAAGGACGCACCAGAAAAACAGGAUGAGUGUGCCGGUGAAGAAAACCCCAUUACAAACACCAACGAGCGGUCGGUGGAAGGGGAACAAAUGGUGACUAACAGCCACUCGACGAUAGCCGACGAUUUGGAAGAUGCUGCGCUAAAGGACUCGACGAGCAAAGACUUACAAUAAAGCCAAUGGCUCGGCAUUGCGGUUGACCGGGGGUCGGGGAGUUCGAGUGGUUGCCCCUUCGAACGGAACUCGAUCGAAGUGUUGAAAAGUAGCUUUCAACGUCAGUUAGCAGCCUUUACGCUACCUUAUCCGGUUCGCUGAAGCCAAAGACCUUAAAGAGGUAGGUCAGUAAAAAAGGAAAACGUUCAUUUCUGUCGAAUGCAGUUACUCCCUCUGCGGAGUACAGGGAGCCCUGAUGAUGUCCCGUCGGGUCGGGUGCCCGAUAGAGUCAAUUGCAUCAUAGCAGGAUGUUUCUGAGCGCACUCCCUAGAGGUGGGUUGUUAGGUAAGAAAAUGAAACCAGCAAGAUCAUGGAUUCGUUGCCGGGAGCAGUUUUCCUAUUUUGGUCGAUAGUUACAAGGGUUGUGUGCUGCAGCGUGGUUUCUUUUUUCUCGUGACACAUGGAAUGCUUGUGCUGACAGUGAUGCCGUUUUGGUGGUGCAUUUUUCCAUUACACGUAAAAGGAUGUGCCUGGAAUUUCAAUUUGGUGGUGCUGGUGCCCCGGGAACCCAUUUUUCGCGAUUAGAGACACAUCAAACGGGUUCGCUGUGUUAGCUUGGAGCGUAAAAUCGAUUUAAACUUUCUUGUAAAAUGACUUUUUUUUUGCUCAACGAUGGCAGUUGUAAUGAUCUGUUAGGAGGUACUGGUAAAAGUAGAUAUUAUUUAUGCUUCUAUUAUGUGCCCAAAGAUGCAGUUGUAAACUGGGUCUUUUGUUUACUAGAAGCUAUUCACUACAAUUUAAUGUAUGAUGUCCUGAAUUUUAAACCUGAAUGAGCACUCCUCUGGUCAGUAUAUUUAACGUGGUACGAAUCCUCAACUUCCAUUCGAAGAAGCGUUUCCAAGGUGGUCAAUUUGCCAAGGAAUGAGAUGGACGAUCAUGACAAGGACUAUCGGUCCCAGAAAAACGGAGCACUGUAGAACAUAUAGUGAACUCAAGUAUGCUUUUGAUGAGUGCCACAUACCCUCACGUUUGAGCCCCGGUUUGGCAAAUGGUUUGAUUUCUAGCAGAGCUAUACCUGGCUCAUUGUACAGCUACGGGUAACACCUAGUCAAAGAAUUGAGUUAAAGAUUGUAGUUCAAUCCAAAGAAACAACAAGAUAUUUUGGAAUGAUAUGAAACCGGUUCUGACUAACUAGUUCAAGCUCAUAAUGACACUAACGUUACCGACAAAAACUUCUCCAUCUGCUAUAACUCAAACCGAACCCCGCAAAUGCACCAUCUCAUCACAACCACCAAACAGUUGUGCUAUUCCAAUCACCAGCAUCACGCUUGACAUAGUGCCAAUGACGAAAGUGCUUUGUGAUAACAGCGACAGAAGCUUUUGGUAAAGUUUCGAACGCUUUUCUUUGUUCGUCAUGAAUCAUCCAUCAUGUGCGACGGUCUUAUCGUGGUCCGAAGGUGAAGCAAAAGGAAAAUCUUCCCGAUUUGUUCAAGACAGUUUGAAAUGCUGACCAUGAAUGCCGGUACGGAUGUGAAGCGAUUUUGGUCAAGAUUUAUGGGCGGGAAACAACUAACUAACUUACAACCACCAUAUCUACCGGUUCGUAUCGAAAGCAUACAAUAGUUUCACGGUGUUUGGUCAAAUCGAGGUCAAGCUUUUGCUACCGUUAAGGGUUUUUUUUUGUCCCUAAAGCUUCUUCUAACUAACGACCAAAGGAUGAUAAAAAAUAUUUCCCGGCAGAUGGAAAUAAUGAUAGCGACUGCCUUUCGCUCUCAUUCUCUCGCUCAAACAAAGCUCCUAGGCAAAAGUUUUAAUAUGUUCCGUUGGGACAGAUCACUCGUGCGUGAACUUUCCCGUCCAGUUGGGUUAUACGACGUAGUAGCUUUUGUCAAACUUUCAAACCACCGAGGUCACCCAUUUGGUAAGUGAGUUAAUUUGUGUGGUUAGCAGAAGAGCUACCCAUCAUCGUUUGCUUGUCCUGAGGGACUGAUGCUUAGCUAUCAUAUUUCAGUGCAAAAACUAGAAAUUCAAUCUCUCGUUUCGGUUUAGAUGAUUGUAGGAAAAAGAGUUAUUUUAGUUAUUUUUUCUCUAGCUAUUAUUUGAAUAAUUUUUUCCUUCCUUGGGUCGAAUCUAAAUUCCAUUUUCCCAAAGGAGCACUCACCAAAGUCAAUUAUUUGAAGCAAAAAAAAACCCAUCACUUCGCACUAGCACCAGCGUGCUUUUUUCUAAAUUUCUAACCUAGGUAUCAAGUGUUAUGCAAAACCGCAUCGUUCCUUUACACCAGCGCUCUCACUAACCAUCUGAAAAACGAAACAAUGCCACCCAGCACGAAAUUUCACUUCAAAGCUAUCGAGCCACAACCGAUACGAUUGGGUAAAACCGCACCAGCAUGAAGUGUAAUCGAAAUUGGUAUCUCUAGCCAAGCUGGCUACGGUUGAAUUUGUACCGUGGGAUCGAACCCGACAACAGCUCCACAAUGAAGUAAGAGAAGUGAAAAAAACGACCACCAAAAAACCAGCGCUAAACUCAAUAUCUAACGAAUGUUUACGCUCAAGCAGCAAAACAGAAAGAAAGGAGGCGAAAUAAACACCACGAAACGAAACAGGACCAGGAACGAAACCCUGGUGGGGAGGUCAAUCGCAAGCCAAUGUCAAAUGCGGGUUUCCAAGAAAGAAGACUCCGGACGCCAAAAAGAAAACUUCCACGAAAAACCCAGAAAAAGUUUCAAAGAAAAACUUGCGGCAAGCGAGAAAGUAAGCCAAAACAAAGCGAAAACUUUCAUAUGGGUCGAGCGUGUGUGCAAAUUGGCUCGGGCAUAAACUAACCCACACACUUUUUUGGGUUAGGAAAAGUAUCCCGAGUUCUGGUGGUUUCCUGGUAAAACGGAAAAACAAUCCUCCAAACCCACACAACGCAACCGAAGUGCGAAGAACACACACGCCUAACCGACAUGUUUUGGGGAGAAUUCGGGAAAAGUAAAAAUAAGGAUAUAAUCACAUGAUGUCGACGCGCCGCUUGCCAGUGACGUUUGAUGGCAUUGGCUAAAAUGUGAGGUGUGCGUGGGAAUUGAUUAGAAGGAGAUCGUUAAAGUAAACUCGAUGUACACGUACAAGUGAGUGUUAGUUUGAUUUGUAUUCUUUACCUUUGGGUUUUGGGCUUCACAGUCAUCGUUUCUUCGUAGUGAUAAGUAGUGUAUAGCGUAAAAGGGGGAAAAAAGGAAACGAUUUAACAAACCGUUAGCUUCUACUGUAUAGGAAUGUGCACACCUGCCUUCUUCGUUCCUUAGUUUGGCCCUGCGGCCAAUGGGGAACGUUUAAUAACUACUUCCGUUUCGAUGUCACACCGGUACGCUGAUUUCCGAGGUAGUAGGAAAAGAUAUUUACAGCAGCUUAAGUAAAGUUCAACGAAGGAAUAAAAGAAUUGAUCAAAAGGGCUACGGGAAAAAGGCAACAGAAAGCGUUUAUUUACGCCCGGUUAAUGGGUUGGACCGUCAGUUACCAUAGUCUGCUGUCUAUCACUAGAAACACUCUAGAAAAUAUGCAUUGAAUGAGCUUUCACACAUACACACACGGUCUAUUAGAAACAGGGAGAGAGCGAGCAGCUGCACGUUACACUACCAAACACGAUCCGAAUCCCGAUCAAUAACAGAAACUCGUUCGCCUCGGGUGGCGCUCAAAUACUGCACACAAAUCCAUAACACGCAAAUAAACAAAGAGAAACUUUAUCGGAAAACUGAAACGAGAAAGUGUAGCUGAAUGUCUAUUUAUUUGAAAGUGUACUACAGAAAAAGAGAGAAAAAUAUCGAACCCCCCCGGUAGCCCAAAAACUAUUUGAGUCCAAGAAAAAUGGGUGCUGAGCUUGGAGAAAAAAAACCCGAUCCCCCGAUGUCGAGUGGAAAAUCAAAUUAACUGCCCCGAGCGUAGCCAACACAGAGGAGCUUCAAGUAUAUGUUGUUUGUUACGAGCUUUUCGGACAGGGCGAAACGUUUGCGUGUGGUCAUGCAGUUGAGUAGUGGAUUAGUGAAUGCCCCAUGCACACACACACACACCGAGACGCAGAGCUGGAAACUUGAAGCUAUCAAGAAGAGGAAAAAGAAAGAAAAUCCACCCCACCAAAUUGGACUCAUUUUUAACACUUUUAGAUUUUAUUUUGUUGCGUAUUUUAAACUGCCCCGAAACGUGUUACCUAUCGUAGAGUAGACUCCAUUUUCCAGCUCUGCACAAGUACGUAGGGCAAUUAGUUUAGUGGUGGAAAAGAACAAAGCCCGAAAAGCGCACACACACGGCGGGAAGCAUCGACCGUAGCGUCAAACGUGGAAAAUUGUUAAACGUAAUAGUUAUUAUACUCCCGAACACUGUUCUAGCGUUUGUAUACGGAAAACUGAUAUUGAUUGACUUACACAGUAAAAAAAAAUACACGGUGGAGAAGCAUCUGUUGCCUAUGGAAAACACAAAAACAGUAAAUAAAUGUGGUUUUGAUGUACA